AUGAGUGGCCCUCAAGAAGUGACCUCAUUCAACAAGUCUUCAUUUUCCAAUGAGACAGGAAACUGUGAUCCAGUUAACAACUGGUCCCAUAUCUUCUUUACACCGGUCCUUAGUUUGGUGUUUCUGGUGGGUUUAGUCUUCAACAGCUUCACCAUGACGUUUUACUUCUGUCAAGCUCAGCAGCGGCCGUCCAGCAGCUUGACGGUCUACCUGAAGAACCUGAUGGCUGCUGACUUUCUGCUCUGCCUCAGCCUGCCCAUCCGCAUCGCCAACUACGCCAGCAGCUCCGCCACCAUCCACCUGCUCUACUGCAGCUUUGGAGCUUCUGCACUCUUCCUCAACAUGUACGCCAGCAUCCUGUUCAUGGGCUACAUCGCUGCCAACAGGUAUCUAAAAAUUGUCCAUCCAUUGGAGACUCACAUCCUACAGACAGUACGAGCCGCCCACAUCAUUUCCGGGGUCACCUGGGUUUCUUUCCUGAUCCCUGCAAUCGUUUACAUCAUCCUGUUUUUCAUGGCCCAGAAUAUGACCUCGGAAUCCAUCCACUGUGAUUCCCAGGUCAGCCUGCUUGAUAAAAUCAUCCAUCUCAGUGCCACCACCAUCUUCCUGUUGGUCCUCGUAUUCCUGGUCUUCUUCUACUACAGCACCUCCCGCAGGGUGCUUCUGGCACAGCAGAAGGAGAUAGCCGCCUCUAGCUCCAGAAAGUUGGUGAAGUCUCGCAGGAAUAUUUUGGUGCUGGUCAGCGUCUUCUGUGUUUGCUUUGUCCCCUAUCACCUGUCUCGGAUUCUCUAUAUGCUUCAGGUGAACUGCUCUGUGGUCCAGAUGUUGUACUACCUGAAGGAAGUGACCACAGUAGUGUCAGUUCUCAACAUCUGUCUGGAUCCUCUUGUUUACUUUUUCCUUUCUAAGGCUUUUCGGGCACAGGUGAAAAAGACGAUGCUGUCCAGGAAGAAACGGGUUGAUACCCAACAGGUACAAGGCUGA